CUCGCGGGGGUUUCUGGCUGUUCCACCUUCAUUGACACCUAGUCUGAAUCUCCGGUAAUAUAGACGAUCUUUGAUACCGGUGUCCGCUUCACGGUUCUUCUCCUUUAACCUAAGUAAACAGUUUGAGACGAGGGUGUCUUCUCGUAGCGAGUGCAGCAUUUAGGCUGCUGUGUGUUUUAUUCCUAACGGAGGACAUAACACAACAGUGAGUGAUUUCAUGCUCCUGCGGACACCUGACUGGACAGGGAGGUACUGAGCCAACAUGGCAUCGUUUGUAACCUGACGCAACGAAGCUCACGGUGUGCUAGGAGCUAAUUUGCAUAGCUAGCUAACAAUGUAGUUGUAAAUUUAUAGGACUGAUGUUGUAUCCUCACAGGACAAUCAUUUACGGUUAAGUGGCAUAUUUUAUUUUAGUUGAUACUGUACAACUACUUCGUUUUUGCUUGUAGCUACGGCAAAACAAAACCCAAACUUUGUCCCAUUUAUCUUAAAAUGUACUUUUUUUUUCUUUUUUCAGGAUUUGUUACCGUAAUUAGCAAUAUAUUAAAUAACAUCAUUUAAGUUCGGGUGACAUUCCCUACAUUUAGUCUUGUUAACCACUUAAAGUUGUAUAUUAUCUGGGACAGUUAAACUGAUCAUUGGAAUAAAUCCUCAUCAUGGGAAUCAAAGUAGCUGUGAGCUGCACUGUGUUAUACAUCCUACUGGAUGUUGUCGUCUCCACUCUUCUCUACACACAUGGAUCACACUUGAGCAUCUUCAGAAAUGAGGCCCUGAAUUUUAACAUCCUCGAGUCUGCGUUGGACCUGUGGGGGACUGUGCUGCUCCGAGCCUGCCUCCUGCUGGGAGCCUCCAUAGGGGUGUCGUGGAACAAGGUGGAUGGCCCUGAGAGGGUUGCUAAAUUCACCUCCCUCAUUGUCCUCGUCUCCCUGAUCAUCAUUACCUACGCCCUGACCAAGCUGCUGAUGCUGACUGAGCUGCAGCCUCUGACCCACCAGCCCUGGAUCCUAAGCCUGAUAUGUUGGACUUGCGUCUCCUCUCUGGGUGUCAUGCUGCUGUGGGGGUGGCUGGGGAAGGAGUCCAACUCUGUGAGCACCAGCAGCAGCAGCAGUAGAGGAGGAGGAGGAAGGGGCUCUGAGGACACUGAGAAGUUGGUGGAGACAGCUGGUGGGGAGGAGCAGGAGGUUGGGGGUGAGAGGAAGAAGAAGGAGGAGGAGAAGGAGAACACCAACUCUGGGGCCACCCUGGGACGCCUGCUGACCUACUGCAAAAAGGAUGGUGGUCUGCUCGCUGUAGCUGUCCUCUUCCUCCUCAUCUCUGCAGUGUGUGAAGCCUUCAUUCCAUUCUACUAUGGCAGGGCUAUAGACAGCAUUGUGGUUCACCAAAGCAUGGCGUAUUUUGCCAAACCUUUAAUCACUCUGGCGACACUGGCCUUAGCCAGCUCAAUCGCAAUGGGCGUGCGAGGUGGAGUCUUCACCCUGACAUUUGCGAGAUUAAACCUUCGGCUCAGGAACCAUCUCUUCAGAACUCUGAUGAAGCAGGAAAUUGCCUUCUUUGAUGACAACCACACAGGUGACAUCAUUUCACGCCUGUCAGCUGAUACCACCCAGGUGAGCGACCUCAUCUCUGUAAAUGUCAACAUCUUCCUGCGGAGCGUCAUCAAGGGCAUUGGCUUCUUCAUCUUCAUGUUUGGGAUGUCCUGGAAGCUCACUAUGGUGGCCGUCAUGGGAUUCCCCUUCAUCGCACUCGUCUCAAGACUUUACGGCGAAUACUACAAGAAACUGAGCAAAGAGGUGCAAACAACGCUUGCAGAGGCCAAUAAAGUUGCAGAAGAAACCAUCUCAUCCAUGAGGACAGUGCGGAGCUUUGCUAAUGAGAAUGGGGAGUCUGACACCUACUAUGCCAAGCUCUUACUCAUGUUCCAGCUCAACAAAAAACAAGCCCUGGCCUACGCCUGCUACGUGUGGUCCAGUUUUAUCUCAGAGCUUGCUCUAGAGGUUGCUAUUCUCUACUAUGGAGGUCACCUUGUGGUUACGGGGCAGAUGAGCAGCGGUGCUUUGCUAUCUUUUUUCAUCUACAUGCUCGAAAUGGGAGAAUGUCUCGAGAACAUUGCAUCAGUGUACACGGGCCUCAUGCAGGGAGUUGGAGCUGCUGAGAAGGUUUUUGAGUAUCUGGAUAGGAAACCUGAACACCCAGCUGAUGGCACAGAGGCUCCAGACACAUGCACCGGUCUGGUUGAGUUUAAAGACAUCACGUUUGCCUACCCAACCCGUCCUGAGACUGAUAUUCUUAAGGGAGUGUCAUUUACUUUGCGACCUGGAGAGGUCACUGCUCUGGUGGGACCUUCAGGCAGCGGAAAGAGCUCCUGUGUGAGUCUGCUGGAAAAUUUCUACCUUCCUCAGCAAGGCCAAGUGCUGCUUGAUGGAAAGCCUGUUCACACUUUUCAGCAUGACUACCUCCACUCCAAGGUGGCUCUUGUGGGCCAAGAGCCUGUGCUGUUUGCCCGGACAGUUGAGGAGAACAUCUCAUAUGGCCUGACCGGCGCCCCCAUCGAAGCUGUGAUGCAGGCUGCCACCAAGGCUAACGCUCACGAUUUUAUCACCACUCUCCCGAAAGGCUAUGAGACAAGUGUUGGAGAGAAGGGCACCCAGUUGUCAGGAGGGCAGAAACAACGGGUGGCCAUUGCAAGAGCUCUCAUCCGCCAGCCACGUGUUCUUAUCCUGGACGAGGCAACUAGUGCUCUGGAUGCAGAGAGUGAACACAUUGUUCAGCAGGCUCUGAACAACAUCAUGAAGGAGCACACAGUGUUGGUGAUCGCCCACCGGCUGAGCACAGUGGAGAAGGCAGAUAACAUCAUUGUGAUUGACAAGGGCUGCUUGGCUGAACAGGGCACUCACAGUCAGCUGAUGGCCAGUGGUGGGCUCUACUGCAAGCUGGUGCAGAGGCAGGUCCUGGGCAUCGAGACGGGGGACGAGGUCCUGAACCCUCCUGAAAAUGUCAGGUGGAAGUCUGAUGGAGGACGCCAGCGGCGAAAACGAAGCAGCAGCAGCAGCGCCAGCGAGUCUGAGUUCAAUCCGCGCUACUGAGAAUGAACUGCAGUGUGUGGAAUUAGUGGAGUAAAGUGUGAUUUAAAAAACAGAAAUAAGACAACAAAGUACUUAUAAUGCUGAACUGAAAAUCAGAAUCUCAAUAUAUGUUCAUGAGGAAUCUGGUCAUAACAGGCUGUCUACUUCUACAGGCAGUGAGUAGCAACAUUAGAUUAAAAACACAGAGUUGAAUGUAUUAACACAUAUCAUAUAUGUGUUUUCAAUGGCAUUGCCACUGAAAAUAAAACUUGAAUGAAAGGUCAGUAUGACCACUAGCUGAGCUUUAAGAAUCCCCAGUAUGUUGCAGCUGAUGCACAGAAGAAGACUGUUUUUAAUUUUUACUGCCUCAUUAUCACACUCCAGCCAGAUAUAUUCAUCUUUUUUAUUACAGGUCUCUUCAAGAUUGAUUUUAGAUUUGAAACUGAAUUUACCGUCGCAUGUGUGUAAAUGUUGGUGCUUCAUUUCAAGUUUUCAAUUGCAUUGUUUUAGUUUCACAAGUAAGCAAUGUAAUGAGUAGGAUGGGAUGCAUUAAGAUCUGUGAUAAUCAGUGUCCCAGAUUAAUCAAACAGUGUCACUACAGAUAUGUCAUGUAAUUAUUGUAAAUGAAACAUAUAUGCAAUGAACACUGUACAAAAUCAGCUGCCUGUUUUACCUCAUGAAUACUGAAUGUUAAGUUAAUGCAGUAUGCUACAUUAAAUGUCUUCUGGUAAAACCCA